AGCGGUAGAAACAACAGCAGCAACGGCAACCACAGUCGGAGGCUCCCAUGAGCCCAUGAGUGAAUCUUCCUCUCCUUCCUCCUCCUCGUCCGUCCCCCAUCCCCAGUCAUUCAGUGCAGCCAUUUUAUUCAACAUUGAUACAGAAGAAGAUGAUGACGAAGGUCACGACCAUUCAUCGCAUGAUCAUCACUCUCCUACUCCUCCUUUUCACCAGACUGCACCGCAACCCGCAUUAGAGCCACUACUGGAGCCAGAGCCCGAGCCCGAGCCCGAGCAGCAGCAGCAUCCAGAAAUAGAAAUAGAGCCAGAGCAGCAGCAGCCACUACUGGAGGACGGGGACUCCGAUUCGGAGAGAGAGCGAGAGCGAAGUCCACAACAGCAGCAGCAGCAGCAGCCAGUGGGCAUAGUCGCCAACGCGAUUGCGGAUACCAUUGACGCCGGUGCCAUUCCCAACGAAGCCGUGGAGCGCAUCGACGAUUUCGAGGACGACGACGACGACCUCGACGAGGGCGACGACGCUGUCUCCGCUCCCCGCGAUAUCGACGACCAGGCCCCCUCGACAUCCGCUGGCAGCCAGCGGCUGAGCUCGGUGGCUGUCCUGCCGACCCACUCUUCUGCCGCUACCACCGCUGGCCAGAGUGCGAGCCGUGCCUCCCUGAACCAACAGUUGGGUACCCCGCCCUCUGCCCCCGGUACUCCCGCCGACGACGCCUUCGACGAUCAGGAGAACGACAACAAUAACAACAACGCGGCCGCAGCGAGACGCACUCGUCAUUUUUACAGCAACAACGGGAGCCGCUUCACCAACGACAUGUUCCCCGGCAACUGCCCCCAGAAGAACUCGAAUCAGAGCUCGCCCCGCUCCGGCAGAGGACGUCACCCGCCUACACAGCAGGGCGUGGAUCCGCUUCGUCUACUCUAUCCCAAUGUGAACGAGACCGAGACUCCGUUGCCGCGCUGCUGGAGUCCUCAUGACAAAUGUCUGUCGAUAGGACUGUCGCAGAACAAUCUGCGCGUUACCUACAAAGGCGUGGGCAAACAGCACAGUGAUGCCGCCUCCGUGCGCACCGCCUACCCCAUCCCAUCCUCAUGUGGGUUGUACUACUUCGAGGUGCGCAUCAUCUCGAAGGGCCGCAACGGCUAUAUGGGCAUCGGCCUGACUGCCCAGCAGUUCCGCAUGAACCGCUUGCCAGUAGGUUGGGACAAACAGUCGUACGGUUACCAUGGCGACGACGGCAAUUCGUUUAGCUCCUCGGGCAACGGCCAGACCUACGGACCGACCUUCACCACCGGCGACGUGAUCGGCUGCUGCGUGAACUUCGUGAACAACACUUGCUUCUACACAAAGAACGGCGUGGACCUCGGCAUCGCAUUUAGGGACUUGCCGACAAAACUCUAUCCGACAGUGGGUCUGCAGACGCCCGGUGAGGAGGUCGAUGCCAACUUUGGCCAGGAGCCGUUCAAAUUCGACAGAAUCCUCGACAUGAUGAAGGAGAUGCGCGCGAAUGUUCUGCGCAAGAUCGACAGAUACCCACAUCUGCUGGAAACGCCGGAGAACCUAAUGAAUCGGCUGGUCUCCACCUAUCUGGUGCACAACGGCUACAGCAAGACGGCCGAGGCCUUCAACGGCUACACGAAUCAGCCAUUCGACGAGGACUUGGCCUCCAUCAAGACGCGACAAAAGAUCAUUAAGCUCAUACAGACCGGCAAAAUGAGCCAGGCCAUUGAGCACACGCUGCGCUCGUAUCCCGGCCUGCUCGAGGCCAACAAGAAUUUGUGGUUCUCCCUGAAGUGUCGUCAGUUUAUCGAAAUGAUCAACGGAGCUGACAUCGAGCCGGGCAACAAUAAGGUCACAGCCACCACGCAGACCAUGCCUACAAAUCAGACCUCUGUGAUACAGUCAACCAAGGCGUUCAAACACAGCAAGGGGAGCAACAGCAGCAGCCACAGCCACAGCAACAGCCAGAGCAACCAGCCAACACAACAGAACAACACUGCGAUUCCAGCUGUGAUAAAACUAGAGGGCGGCGAAAAGCAAGAUCUGAAAAACAUGGUCAUGGACGACAACUCCAACAAGUGCACGGAGCACGACACCAACAGCAUGGAUGUGGAGAUGGAACCGUGCCAGAGCCACUCUAACGGCAGCGGCGACUCCUGCUCCAAUGGCAAUGCCAAUGCCGACACCAGUGCCAGUGGAGUGCGCCACUCUUUAGAUGCCAUCGACGAGGAAAUGGAUGUAGACGUUUCACCGUCAUCUCGCAGCUGUGGUCGUGUCAUCGAGAAGAUACUCGAGUUCGGCAAGGAGCUGUCCAGCAUGGGCCAGCAGCUGGAAAAGGAUAACCUCAUGACCGAGGAGGAGCGUCAAAUGUUGGAGGAUGCAUUUAGCUUGAUUGCCUACUCAAACCCCUGGUCCAGUCCGCUCGGCUGGCUCUUGUGCCCCUCGCGACGUGAAAACGUCUCCACCACGCUCAAUUCGGCCAUAUUGGAGUCCCUUAACUUUGAGAAACGUCCCCCGCUGGAGUUCCUGGUAGCUCAUGCAUCCGAGCUAAUCAAGGUGAUCGGUCAGCACUCGCUGGGCGAAGAUGCUUUCAUUACCAUCGAUGAUGUGUUCCCGCAAAAUUGACCCAGUUCGCCGACGCUGCUGAAGAUGUUCGAGACCACGCUGACCCUGCCGCGCACCAGCGUACUGACCGAACCGCUGGGCAGCGUAGUACCCUCCACAUCGACCGCGGCGGUGGCUGUCCAGACGACCAAGCGUCGUCGGCGUCGUCGCAACAAGAGGCGACGCAAGUCCUCGCUCUCCGGCAGCACCGAAGCGUCCUCAUCCCGCACCUACGAUCCUGUCAUGACGGGCAGCAGCAGCAGCAGCAUGCGUAGUACGGGUGGGGGGGGCCCGGGUGCAAUGCGUCGUGGUCGUUAUCGCGGGGUCAGCUCAUCCUCAACAUCAGCAGCAGCGGCGGCGGCAGCGGCAGCAGCGUCUGCGGCGGCAUCAGCAGCCGCAUCCAUGAGUGGCGGAAGCAGUCCUUCGAUGUAUAUGGAUCCACAGGACUACUUCGAGACGCUCGACUAGAUUAUUUACAAUUUUCGUAGUAGGUUAAAUUUUGUUGUUACUUCAGUUCUCUUCUUUUUUACCAGAGCGCCGACAUGCGAGCGAACGCCUAUUAAAUUUCCUUCUUUUUAACUGAUUCAUUUGCUAAAGAUGCGCGACAUCGGCGACUAUUUGCGGCCUUUUGAUUUAGCGUGAUUUUUAAUAACUUUUAACGUAUAUUUUAUAUAGCCCCUGUAAUCCUAAAGUGUGUAAUAUUAUGAUGUAUAAUUAAACUGCGAACUGUGCUGCGUCACGACACCCCUGAAUACCUUUCAA